GGCUUCUAUCUCUUCAUUCUAGGCGUCCUGACGCCCAGGGACCGAGUAUGGAUUGUGGAACACCUUCUUGAGUCUGUUCUUAAAAAUGAGUCGAAAAAUGAUGAAUUUAGACCUCCUGACGCUUCUGGACCCCAGCUCAGUAGAAAUCGAACUCGAGAGGAGCUAUCUAGCUGGUUGACGAUAAAUUCCCUCGACUCCUCGUUGAGGCAGAUACUCAUUUGCACCGGCUUCUUCACCACACUCAUCAGUGCCAGCUGCCUUCUUGGCAUCUGUUUGAAGAGCAAUGCUCUGCUCUAUAUCUACCUAGUACCCACCUGCCUGGUCUUCUUCUUCAUUGUUGGCGUUAUUGGCCUACUCAAUUUCCAUCCCAAUUCCAUUUUCAUGUCACUGCGGUAUCUGCUCGCCAGAGUGUUCGUGGAAAACUACACUCUUAGAAAAUCGGGGACAGUGAAUUCAGCAUUCACAAUCUUAUGGGAACACCUGCAGGAAAGGCACAACUGCUGCGGUGCAAUCAGUGCAAACGACUUCCAUUUAGUAAGUGGGUUUAACUCAGUGGCCAGUCGUCUGCCUCUGAGCUGUUGCGCCCAACAGGCGAAUUGCACGCUUGACUAUCCCUUCAAUCAUGUGAAAUACAGCCUGGUUCAGUUGGACCUUGAGCCUCCUCUUGCUGCAGAGGGUAUAUACCAGCCAUGCUUCCCUAUCAUCUGGGACUAUGUUAAAGUGUACUUUGGUGUGAUUGUCUACAUUCUAGUCUCGAUUGACAUCUACCUGUUCGGACUAGCCUGCUUAGCGAUCCAUGUCAUUCGUGUGCGGAUCCAAAACCAAACUAUGAAGAGGGGCAAAGGAAAACGUUAA